AUGCUCUCCAGAAGAGCCAGCUAUGGGCUAGCUGGAGCUGCUCUAUCGCUGAUAGCCAUUACUUACUACACUCUUGCUACAGAUGUCGAGAUCCCCUAUCUCCUGCCCUCCUCCUCCAUCCGGCACCAGCCUAUUGCUGCUCCCGACAUUUCAGAAAAUCGCAACAGGCAUCUGACCGAGUCGCAAUGCCUGAGCCGCUAUCCAAACCUGUAUAUGGAAGCGGACCGCGCGGAAGCGUGGUAUGCACGCAAAGGAGGUAUCACCGAAGAGAUGGUGGACAAGGCCGAACAGGAUGACGGGAACGCUAGAUUGACGAUUGUUGACAAUAUUCUUUAUGUCAAGGCUUUCAACGGAGGCAUUGGAAGUAGAGCUCAGGCGGCUAUAGCGACGGUCUACGCCACGCUUAUCACCAGCACUGAGCCUUUGCCAGACGUAGACUUUGUGAUACAGACCGGAGACGCAGGCGGAGGAGAGUGGCCGCACUUUGUGUUAGACCGAAAGGCGGAGCAGGAGGCGCUGUGGCUGAUGCCUGAUUUUGGUUUCUUCUCAUGGCCCGAACCAGGAGUGGGGUCGUAUGUGGACGUGCGGAGGCAGACAUUGGCAUAUGAGACAGAGCUCGGCCUUUCGCUGAACGGCUCGGCCGUCCUGUCGGAUAGCUGGACAGCAAAGUCGAGGCAGCUAUUCUGGCGAGGAUCUCCGAUGGUCGAGGUCCGGCAGGACCUCUUGCGAGCGAGCCAAGAUCAACCUUGGUCCGACGUUCGCGAGCUCAACUGGGGAGCAGUUAACCAGGACGAAGCUGGUCGCACGGCGAAUAAUGGGGAUCUCAAGACGCCGGCGCAGCACUGCCAAUAUGCCUUCCUCGCCCAUGUUGAAGGCUGGGCGUAUAGCGGCCGACUAAAGUAUCUGCAGCAGUGCCGGUCAGUCAUCGUCACGCACCCGCUCGAGUACAUCCAGCACUACCACCACUUGAUGAACGGCAUCGACGGGCAUCCAGACCAAAACAUCAUCGAGGUGCCUCUACCGUUCACGGACAAUCUGGCACCAGCAAUGGAGAAGCUCUUAGGCGAGAAAAGUGGCGAGCAGAUACAGCGUAUCUUGCGCAACAGCUGGGACAUCCUUCGAGAGGGAUACAUCAGUCCGGCGGCCAAUGAGUGCUACUUUCGCCACGCAUUACGGGCGUACGCGAGAGUCCAGCGAUUCCAGCCGUCCGUCGCCGAUAGGGGCGUAUCGUACGAAAGCUUUGUAUUGACGGGCACGACUCAUUGGGAUCCGCAUAGAUGA